GGGCUUCCUGUGGUGCCAGCGUCUGUUGUCAACCAAAGUUUUGUAUGGUUGCAUGCUCAGUUGUGUAUUAAAAGUUCGCCUUUAGAUGCUCAAAUAACAUGAUCAGAGCAGUUUGCUGCCUCGUUGGAAGUGUCCAAGGAACUAUUCAUUUUAUUCAAGAGAUACCAGAUGGGCCUUGUAGAAUAACUGGUGAGAUAAAUGGACUAACUGAAGGUCAACAUGGAUUCCACAUCCWUGAAUUUGGAGACAGCACAAAUGGGUGUACAAGUGCUGGAGCUCAUUACAACCCUUUUGGAAAGACUCAUGGUGCACCAGAAGAGCUAAAAGAAAGACAUCUUGGUGAUCUAGGUAACAUAGAAGCAGACAGUGAUGGCAAAGCUGUAGUUAACAUUACAGACCCGCUGGUCAGCCUUACAGGGCAAUAUUCUGUUAUCGGGAGAUCAUUAGUGGUGCAUGAGGGAGUAGAUGAUCUCGGCAAAGGUGGCCAUGAACUAAGUCUAACUACAGGGAAUGCAGGAGGACGUCUGGCUUGUGGUGUCAUAGGGAUAACUAAAUGAGCUAUUAUUCCUGAUGAGCCAACUUAUUUAUAGCCAACAGAUAGAUAUAGACCCUAACCUAUGUUUCAUUAGUAUUUUUUUUAAAGAUGACUGUAUAGGGAAGGAGGGAAAAGGAGGGGAGGGGUGAGAUCCAAAAAAACCACAAAUCCUUCCUUUGGUAUGUUCUAGAUUAUGUUGAGGAUGCGGAAAAAAAUAUAUUUGUCUUUAUAUAGGCAUUUUUAUCUUAGAAGUUGUUCUUUCGUAGUUUUACAUUUAAGCAUUAAACCAAUAGAAAUUUGGUGGAAAACUGAAUACCAAGGCAAACCUUUUAAAAAUUGUCUGGAAUUUGAUAUGUUAUGAUAUAUACUUGGUACAAUAAUUUAUAUAUAAGUUAUGAGAUGUUUCUAAUAAGUGGUUUACCUUAAUGAACGACAAAGAAAAAUUUUUAACAGGGAAAAAACCAUAUACUCCCACUUGGAGUUCGCUCUGCUCAGUAUUAGUCUUGAUUGUGUACGAAUGUGUUCUUUCCUUUACUGUAGUACUUUAGGUACUAUGGAACAAUAGGAAUUKAUUAAGAUUCCACGGGUCUUGGUUGAAUAGCUGAAUAUAUUAACGCAUAACUGAGGCUAGGGCUGUCAGCAAAAGAAAACUCAAAACUGGAUUAUUGUUGAUGUUUUUAGAUAUAGAUGCUCUUUCAGAAAAAAAAAAAAAAAAA